AUGGGACGGGGCGAGGGGAUUGGAUUGGGGUUAAGUUUUAGGGCUGAUUUGUGUUUGGAGUUAAUGGUGGUUAUGAAGGGGCAAAGUUCAGGGUUAUUGGGACCAAAUUUAGACCCACCAACAACAACAACCAUGGUUGAGUAUUGCUAUGGAAAAGUGUUACAUUGCCUGGUAGAAACAAGAUCCUUCAAGCAUGCCGUCAAUGACGUCUUCUUCAACUUCACCCGUUACAAAGAGCUUUAA